UCUGAAAGUAGGUUAUGUUAUAUUGCAUAUUGAGUAAUCUUUCUAUAUGUAUAUAUAUACACAAUUUGUGUUUAUGAAAUACAUUGAAAAAGCAAAGCUCUUUAUUUAGUGGUUAAAAUUUUUAGUAUUUUUGUCAAUUUAAAAUAAAGGUUAGCUGGGAAAAUAAGAUGAAAACAAACCGACAGAAAAAAGCGAGAAAAAAUUUAAGCUUUUUUAUUAACAACUUCAAAUUUAGAUCUCCGUUUCAAGUUCUUAUUGAUGGCACAUUUGCUUUGGCUGCGUUAGAGAAUAAAUUUAAUAUACAAGAUCAAUUAUCAAAAUAUUUUCAAUCUGAAGUAAAAUUAUUAACUACACCAUGUAUCAUUUUGGAAACUGAAAAAUUAAGUUCAUUUUCAAAAGCAGUUAGUGGUGCUAUGCAAAUUGUUAAACAAUAUCCUAUACAUAAAUGUGGACAUGAAAAACAUUCAAUUAGUGGCACAAAAUGUUUACUAUCUAUGGUUGGAAAAAAUAAUUCAUUUAGAUAUAUUAUAGCUACGCAAGACAGAGAACUUCAGGAUUACUUGAGAAAAAUUCCAGGUGUACCAAUAAUGUAUUUGCAUGGUAAAGCACCAACUUUGGAAGCACCUUCACAAGCUAGUCGUGAAUAUGCUGAAAAUAUUCGUAAAGAAUUAGGGAUGACUGAAUGGGAGAAAGAAAAUAUUAAAGUACUAAAAGAAGUAGCUGGAGUAACUGAUAAAACAGAAGUAAGACUAAAAAAGAAGAAAAAAGGGGGCCCAAAUCCUCUCAGUUGUCUGAAGAAGAAGAGUAAAUCACAAACAGAAAUUCCAAAAAAUGUUAAAGAAAAAAUAUCUGGUAGAGUUAAGAAGAGAAAGAAAAUGAAAAUAGCAGCACAUAUCAAAGAAGCAUUGAUUGCAGAAGUAAAGAAUACACAGUUAGGAAGCACAAAAUAAUUUGAAAAAGAUACAUAAUGAAAAAAGGACACGUAUACAUAAAACUUGUAUAAAUUAUUAAAAUUUAUGCAAAUUCCCUUUUAUUUAUGAUACAGUUAUUUCUUUCAGCUUACAAAAUUGCAGUAAUUAGAGCUGUGUCGUAAUGUAUUUAUAUGAGUCCAUUUAUAAAUAUAAGUAUACUUAUUUUACUAGUAAAAUUGUUACUUGUAAAUACAUGAAGUAUCAUACAACUAUGUUAUUUAUGUUUGUGUAACAAAGAACGAACACAUUGGAAGAUAGAACUGAAAAAUCUCAUAUUGAUGUACAUUACAAAAUUAUUUCAACAAUUUUUUUUUACAAUAUUGUAUAGUAAAAGAUGUCUAAGCAUUCGACUUUAUUGACUAAUAUAUGUAAUUAUUCAUUGUA